AUGGACGCGCUGGACAACCAGACGAACAUGCUGCGUGGUGAGAUACACGAAGCGAAGGAAGAAGUCAUGCGGCAUACUGAGGAGCUGAUCAACAAUGCCACAGCUGAGCUCAAAGCUGGACAGGAUGCAAUCCGCCAGGAGAUGCAAGCGGGUCAAGAAGAAUUGAAAGCCGGACAGGAAGCAAUUCUGAAGGAGAUGGACGAGAAGCACGAGGAAACAAAGGAAGCGAUCGAGAACCUGAAUGCAGAGUUGACCGAACAGAUGACUGAGUUGGAAGACAAAGUCAUUGCAGAGACCCGCCGCGGCACGGCCGAGGUCCUGAAGGGUGUCGAGAAAUCCAGGAAGGAGCUGAGCAAGAAGAUGGACAAAGUGAGCUCAGAGAUCAGCACCUUGGGCAAGAAGACAUCUCAAGAGAUCAACGCAGCCAAGACAGAGCUAAAGGCUGAUAUCAGCGAUGUGAAAAAGACGGUCGUGGCCGGCACACAACGUGUCGUCGAUGAACUGCAGGAGGGUCUUCGCAAGGUGGAAGGUCAAAUCAAGCGCUUCGAGACGGCUUUCAACACGGAAAUCUCAAAUGUGCAGGCGCAGCAGGCCAUCAUGACGGACCUUCUUGUGGGGAAUGCCAUGCGCAUGGAUGAACUUCACGCGGCCGUGGACAGCUCUGUGGAGCUCUCAGAGGAGCACCAGCUAGAGAGCUUGGAGCUGAUGCUGGGUUCUGCCAUGUUGCACGUGAAGUCUGCCUUCUCAACAGCGUUUGACCUGGUCGAUCAGCUCGAGAAGUCCCGCACAAGGUAUAGCCAAGCUGUGAGCGACUAUGAACAGUGCCUCGUGUCGUGGACGGAGGUCGAGUCGCAGAAGGCGCUGGGCGGACUCGGCCCUGAACAUGUUACGCUUGCGCAGAUGUGGCAGCGGCGGUUGGGUCUGCUUUCAUCGUCUCUUCUAUUCUUAGCCGCAGUCUGCUUGCUGAGCCUUUUCCGCUAUGCUGUCCUCGCUAGUGCCACUAUCGCGGCUUUAGACACAGCGAAGGCGCUUGCGUCGGAUCCCCGCCAGCCACACGGCUCAGUUUUGCCGCUCUUCGAUUACAUUCGCAAGCAGGGCACCAAACAUGAAGCUGUCUCAAAGCUGGCACGAGAUGCGAUGGCCCUGCUCUCAAGGGUGCUUAGCGACAGCCGCCUGCUGAGGCGCCUGGUCGAGACUGGGCUGGCCAUCAAGGAAAAGUCGCUGAUUGCCAUCAAGCCGGAGCAGUUGACGAAUGGCUCUGCCAAAGUGGAGGAGCAGCAAGUGCUGUGUCGCCAGUACUUCUCACCGGACUCCAUGAGCAUCGUGCGCGGGGUGAUUCAGGACUCCGCAUCAAGGACUCUGGAGUCUCUCUCCACACUGAUUGAUGGCACACGUGAUUGGCUGGUGGCGCUGCAAACCAUCAGCAGGCGCACGGCUCCCGCUGGACCUCAGUCUGUGGAGAUGGUCGCCGUGGCGUGGUCCGGCAUCGUGCGUGAAUUCGGCGCCAUCUUGCAGAGCUUCGAACUUCCGUCAAAGGAUCCGUCGCAUGAGUUGCUGAUCCUUCACCGGAAGCUCUUGGGUCGAAGCCUCCCACAGCUUUGCCCUGUUCCGUCCAGUUGCGUCUCUGCCAUCUUGCAGCGGAUGCCAUCAGUCUCCACGACAUCUCUGGUGGCCUGGGACCGCGUGCCUUUGGAUGAGGGAGGUGAGCUGCUUGUGGUGCUCCAACAACCUGAGGCACUCUUGCUGGACGCAGGAGUGCACUCGGGCUGGGAAGUUGACGUUCGCAAGCCCAUCCCAGCCGACCUCAAGGAUGUCAACAGCCAAUUGCCCAGCCAAGUGCUGGGAUGCAAACUCAAGACUGAUGCAGCAGCUUACCAGGUUCUCCAACCUUCGGAUGUGGCAGCUUCACAGUUGCCCAACCGGGCCUUCUGCUUCUGCGCCGCAUCCGUCAGCUCGUCCGGCUCCGUGAGCAAGACCUGCCGACACAGGAUGGGUAUCUGCGAUGGUGCAUCAGACACACCGAUCGAUCUCUGGUCGCCGUUGAGCAAGCCUAUCAUGCUUCCCAAGCUUCACCGGUGGAACCAGCGCCUGCAGAGCUUGCAGUCUGAGAAGUUCUGCGGAGACGGCCACGUUGAUGCCUGGGAAGCCUGCGACGAUGGCAACCAGAUCACCGGGGAUGGCUGCCGAGCAGAUUGCCGGUCCAUCGAGCCGGGCUUUACAUGUACGACACCGGCUGUUCCAUGCGUCACUACUUGUGGAGAUGGCAUCUUGGCAGGCCAGGAAGGCUGCGACGACGGAAACGUGUUAUCGGGCGAUGGCUGCUCCUCCAAAUGCCAGGUUGAAGUGCUGUGCACGCGCAAAGAUGCCUUCGAAAAGUUCAGGAGGCCCCAAAACCAUCGCCACACUAUAUUUUCCCAAGGGCUGCAGAUGAAUUUGGAGCACCCUGUCCUGCACCAGGGCAAUCCCGACACCGCGCUGAGAGCACCGGUGCCAGUCCUCGAUGGGACUGCGUCCUGCGCAGGCUACAAGUGUCCAGCCGGGUGUAAGCCUGCCUCUUGGAUGGAAUCCCGUUUGUGCCUGACCACCACUUGCGGCAGCGACGACGUGAAGCGUUGCUGCGACUGCAAUGAUGCAGUUGGAGCAGAUUCUGGCGCCUCACCAUCAUGGACCACGGAACCUUGCUUUUCUUGGGACACGUCUCAGGCUGGCAGGGUCUCCCCGACAGCCGAAGAUGUGAUUGCUGCAUGCGGUGGAGCACUUGGAUACGUGUUUGGCACUGUGAAGAGUGGCAAGUUCUUGGUUCGUCACGAUGUGGUCCUGCCCAGCCGCGAUGCCUUCAAGAAGGCGAUGAGCCCAAAGAAGGACGAUGUUUUGCACGUCUGGCCAGUAUCACAGCAAUUCCAAAGUCUGUCGUUCAAGGCCAAGAGAACUACGGCCGGCUUCCGCUUUGGCUUCCAUUGCGCAGGUUCAGAGGAUGAUUGCCAACUGUGGCAAGUCUUGCUGGGAAGCAACAUCACCAGGAAUGGAUUCUUGGCUUCCCAGAAGGGAGGUGUUGGAGUUCGGCCGCGGGCUGUGGCCGGCAGCACCUUUGUGAUCUACAAAAUACAGAAUCCGACAAAGGUCUGGACAUGCCCUGCUCAUGCCCCCACGCCGCAUUGCGGAGACGGCGUCAUCUCUGGCGUUGAGGAGUGCGAUGCUGUAUCUGCUGCAGGAAGCACAUACCUGCAUGGCUGCAAUGCAGCCUGCCAGGUUUCGGAGGGAUGGGGGUGCAGCACAUCGCCUGAACCCCACUGCAGCCCCCUGUGCGGUGACUCCUUAGUGCUGGGAAAUGAAACCUGUGAUGAUGGCACCACCUUCCGUUGGGGGGGCUGCACGAACGACUGCAGAUUUCACACGCAGCUGAGUUACAUCGCUUCCACAGGAGGCUGCGAUGCUUCUGCGCAGACAAAGUCAGCUGCAACUGCCGAAGCAUGUGAGGCCGCAUGCACAGUCGAGGAGAGCUGCGUGGGAUACUCCUGGCGAAUGGCUGGAGGCUGCAGCCACAUCAGUGGUCCACUGCCUACGUCCUUCGGACAAGGACCGGAAACCCAAGCUGACAAUAGCCAUUGCAAGGUCAAGGCAAGAUACCUUCUUCUGAAGGAAGGCCUCCAGUCUGUUGCUGGCAACGCAUUUUUACAUGAAGCUCACAAGCAGUGCAGAGCACACGGCCUGAAGCCUGUGUCCGUUAGCUCUGUACAAGAGCUUGAUGUUGUGUACGACUUUGUCAAGAGGUCUGGGCUAAACUUGAGCCAGCCAAGAGGGGUGCCAAUUGGAUUGGCCAUUGAACAUGAUAGGAAGAACAGCUACUUCGACUUGAGCAAUGCCUCCUCUGAGUUGGAUGCUCUGCUUGCGACGGCCUAUAGGAGUGGUCGCUGGCAGACAAGCCAGUGGAUGUCAAACGCUGGGGAUGCGGAGAUUGUCGGCUUCGGCUUUGGCAAUGAAAAGUCCAAGCAGCGCGCUGGUCUGCACGACUGGCGCUUGGACCAUUACCCUUCCGGCCUCGUCUGUGAGGACCUGAAGCUGCCGGCAGACCCCCAGGUACAAAUCCGAUUGGCUGGUGGUGGUCAGCGAAAUCGUGGCAGAGUGGAGGUGUACCACCACCACAAGUGGGGCACUGUCUGCAACAAGGGCUUUACCGACAACAGCGCGGAGGUCUUGUGCCGUGAGCUGGGCUUUCCAGGCGGAAAAGUCCUGAAGGACAAGAUGAGCGGUAAAGGCACCAUUUGGAUGGCCGAGGUGGCGUGCCGCGGAAGCGAGAGCUCCUUCAAAUCAUGCCCCUUCCCAGGUUGGGCCAAGCACAACUGCGACCACCAGCAAGAUGUUGCUGUGGAGUGCCAGGCUCGAAUCUUACAUUACGCAAACAUGUGUAACUAUACCGUGCAGCAUUGUGCGGGCAUUGAAGAGCGCAGCGACUUCGUGCACUGGCUGCCUUUGGCGGCGGGGGUGGGAGGUGGUGAGACGGUGAAGAUACGAUCUCGAUUUAUCGCGUGGCAGGGUCCAGAGAAUGAGAUGAAGCUUCGCUAG